AUGGCCGACCCUGCCCGCUACCGAUACAUGGACGCCGCCUCGAGGCGCUCGCCUCCCCUCUACAACCCAGCCCGCUCCUCCAUGCCCGUCACCGGCGGCGGUUAUGGCUCACUCUACAGCGGCGACCUCCAUGGCAUGUCGGCAUCCCACCAUGAGGGCUUGUCCCGGCCAGCCGACGAGUAUCGCACGAGCGCAGUCCCCGUCGGCGCCAACACAUACGCCGUGAGGAAGGAGCCCCUCUCGAGGAGCACCAGUGUCAACGACGGUACCCGAGUCCACCGAGUCCUCGACCAGAACGCCAAACGACCUAUCAUCGUCACGACGAAGCACCAUCCGCCAGCGCAGAGACCAGGAAGCCCACCGCGCGACCCCUAUCGAUCGAGCGACGAGGGCCAAUACUAUGCCCAGCCAGCUUCCUCCAUACCGCGGAGCCGACCUGCUGGCUACGUCCCCUCAAGCGCCAGUAUGGACGAUGAAGAAUAUCGCCGAUUAAAGGAACGGACUCACCAUGACAGAUUGGGAAACCGCGGCGCCGACCCCUACCGCCCUGCACGAUCGGGCGCCAGAAGACCCGCCGCGAGAGCCUCGAUCGGUACUAUCGCCCGACCGUCAGCAUCAGCGCAGACCUCGCCCGCCCAUUCGACCAGACCGACAGACGAGUGCGAGGUCCGCCGCCGACAACCAGGGGGUCUAGACAAGAUAGGCUGGACCCAGGCAGCCGGUGGGAUUUACAAUGGCGCCGGAUCACACAUGCCUCUCCCGCCUUCGACCUCAACGGCGCCCCUACUCCCUGAUGUACGCCGUGUCAACCUACUGGAGGGAAGCCCGAGGGAAGAACACCGCGGCGGCCCACGCCCACUGUCGAUGAUCCAGGACGACCCUGCCCGAAUUAGUAGUCACCCCGACGAUUACUACAUUUACGAUGACCCCCGUGACCAGAAUUACUUUCAGGAUGACCGCGUCACCGCUCGUGGCUUUGGGAUCCUCGUCGAUCCGAACGAUGUCGACGACCAUCGUCGCCCCCCCGAGAAAGUCUAUGUCGACGAACGCCGUGAACGUCGGGAGCCUCAGAAACGCUACGAGGUCCAUGAGUCCAAGCGGCGGCCAGAUGACGACUUGGAAAUCAUCAAACACGAGUACGACGACCGGGACCAUAGGCGGUACCGCGAACACGAAUACGCGGUUGACGAGGAAAUUGGGCGCGAGAGGAGGGAUCGGAGAUCAGACGACGACGAACCUGACAGCAAGAGAGACAAGGUUCGUGACAAGGCAGCGGCUGGUGUUGGUGUUGCCGCCGCUGCCGUCGGCCUUAAAUCUGCCAUGAAGCGCAGGAGCGACAAGGACGAGGACCCAUCCCCGCCGAGGAGACAUGCCGAGGAGGAUCUCGAUCGCCGGAGGCACGAUGAGGCAGAUCCUCGAGGCAGGCCAAGCCGGAAGGAGGCUCUUCUUGACGACGAGGAUUUCGAGAUUGUCGAGCACCCAAGGGACCGUGAGAAACCAAAGAAUCUGACAGUGCCCGAACCCGAGGCUCGGGAAUCCAAGAAGCCUGACGAAGCGGCUGCUCAGCCAUCCCGAGACCGCUCCUCGUCCGUGGAUGGCGAAGCAAAGCCAAAGCCUCGCCGUCGUCUAAGGGCCUCGUCGUUCAACCCCAAUGACACCGCCGCCCUCGCUGAGAUGAAGGCCCGGCUAGCUAAGCUUAAGGACGCUGAGAAAGCCGACGAGAAGGAUGCAUCUCCAGCCAGGGAGCACUCUCCAGAGCGUAAACCGCCCCCGACCGAGAAGCGUGAAAACGACCCCGAGGCCUCAGCCACAACACCCAAGGAUGACGGCGACGCCACCGGCCCCCCGUCGCGAGAUGAAAGACAGGUCCGUUUGGUGCCGCCACCAAAGGACGCCACCGUCGACAAGAAGCCCAUCAAAGGCAUCCUCAAGCAGCCGAAGGUGCAGUUCCCCGAAGAACCGAACCCCGUCCGCGAGGGCGUCGCUCCCCACAAGGACGACAAGUCGAAGAACAACGUGCCGACCGGCGCGCGUUGGACAAAGAUCAGCCGCAAGAUGGUCAAUCCGGAGGCACUCAAGAUCGGCAAGGAGCGGUUCGAGGUCCGCGACGACUUUGUUAUUGUGUUGAGGGUGCUCAGCAAGGAGGAAAUCCAGGCGUAUGCGGCGGCGACUGCCACGCUGAGAGAGCGCCGCAAGAAGGAGUAUGACGAAGCGCGUGGUGAGGCCGAGUAUGACGAGGACCGUGACCGCGGGCGCGAGACUGAGGAUGACGACAAGAAGAAGCGCCAUCGCCAGCACGAGCGGGAGAAGGAUGAUGAGAGGCGCGGUAAGGAUAAGGAGAGGGAAAAGGACACUAGGCAUCGCCGUCAUCGCAUUGAGGACAGCGACAGUCGGCGAAGGCCGUGA